CACAGGCAGACUCCUCAUAUUUCCAAGGGGAGAGCCUCACUCGCGUCGCAUUCACAUCAUAUUCCUCCGUCUUCCAGGUUGUCAGGCCGCACUGCGCCAAGCGCUAGACAACAGACGUCACGGCCAACCAGCUGGCAAUUCACAGCGCUGCAACUAAAAAAGAAAAAGGCCGUUAGGUCGUGUCUCGCGACUAACCCCUCACUCCAUCUCAAGCUUCGCGACCCCACGCUUUCCCACUCCAAUGCCGCAAGGGGUGUGAGAGUUCCACCAACAAGUACACUUCCCGACUGGGCUUCACUGCAUCAAGUCGAAUCCCUAGCCGAACAGCGCCAUCCGUCAAAGAGGGGAUAG